GGUUUUUCCACUAUGGUUUCCAGUCACAACAAACAGCGGCUAGAAAAGGCGGUUUUAAUCUCAGAAACUUGCUUUUUUUCUCUGUCGUGGUGAUCCGACCGUGAUGAUGACGACAGAGAGCUGAUGUGGUCUGAGGAGGAGGAGGUGGAUGAUGAUGAAGAUGAGGAGGAUGAAGAUGAGGGUGAACAACAGCCAGCUGCUGUUUCUGUCCAGAGAAGAAACUUCUGGAAACUUCCAGAAAGAAGGAACGCUGCGAGUUGGACGACAGGAGAGAGAUCUCCGUGAGCGGUUCUGUCGGCUGAGAGGAAACCUGCUGUUCAUCCUGAAGAGACAGGUGAGACAGGGUGGUAAACUAGAAGAGGUGUUGCUGUUGGAGAGAUGUGAAGUCAUGAAGCUUCCAGACGAUGAAAGACGACUGGCUAUCGUGUUCAUCAGUGGUGACCCUGCUGUGUUUCUGGAGUCGAGCAGCUCUGCAGAGUGUGUGUCGUGGCUCGCCGUCCUGAGAGACGCCAACGCUGACGCGCUGAGGCGACGCAUCGCACACCUCCGCACGCUCGUUAGCACACACACACACACGGACACACACACCGCCCGACGCACACACACACACACCUCCCAACGCACACACAGGGACACACACACCGCUACACACAGCGGUCGGGCAGAGGAAGACCUGGAAGAUUCUGCACGUGAAGGUGGAGUCGAAUCUGCUGCUAAAGUCUCUCCACUGCACAUGAGUUUUGAGUGUCGACUUGUGGUUGCCGUUGCAGCCGGCAGAGUCAAGGUACAAGUGUGUGUGAUCGACACACACACUCACACAGUCAGGAAGCACAGCUGCUGCGAGAUAUUGGAGGGGCCAGAUGACCGUGUGUUUCUAACAUCAGUGCAUUUCCGUGAGGAUUACCCUCUCUACCAUCACAGCCGGAUCAACAUUACCGUUCACCACCAAGAGGAACCGACAACACACACCACAAGGAGCUUUCUGGGUUUCACCUCCUUCUCCGUCAGAGAUCUGCUCCGGUCCAAAGAGCCUCACAUCUCGCUCAGCCUCAGGACCGUAGAUGGAGUGAGCGAGGCCGGGCAGGUGGAGGUGUCCCGUCUGCAGAUGGAGGGAGAAACUCCUCCCGAACACAAGUGUCCUGCCGUGUGCGACCGUCUCCACAGCUCCGUCCACGACAAAGAAAACAGUCCAAUGAUGAGAGCUGUGCUGUGUGCCCAGGUGUGUAAGGUGUACAGGUUUCUGACGGAGGAUCAAAGAUGGCUGCUGGUUCGGGAACAGAUGUCGGAGACGCCGCUCUCCUUCUCGCUACCCAAACAGCUACUGAGCACGCUCAUACACAGCCACGCCAGCAGGAUCCAGGAAGUGAAGGAGCUCGGCGACCUUUCACCCCACUGGGAUGGGCUCCGCCACGAUGUCAUCAACCACUGCAACCACCUGAUUGGCUGUUACCAGGAAACGCUCGCCGAGCUCGACAAACUCUCAGCCUCGUCCUGUUUCAAGUCGAGCAGCAGUAAAUCGGACAAACACCUUCAGUUCGUUCCCACCAACCUGCACUCCCAGAGGAUGGAGGUCACCGGUCCAAACCGCCCAGGUGUGUGGUAUGAGGUCAUAACGUUCGGUGCUCCAGCUCAUCACCACCAGGCCUUCAAACACGGAGGACUGAAAAGACUGCUCAGUAAACACACAAACAAUAGAGACAGCUCGGUCUCUUACUCCCAGGACGAGAGCUCCAGAGCCAGGGAGCUGCUGGCCAGCGUGGCCCAGCUGCAGCCUCUCGUCUUCGGGCUCGCCGAGCAGCUGCUGGCCGUCUCUCUGGAGCUCGACUCCGCGCUGCUGCAGCAGGUGCUGGACAGCCUGAGCCAGCAGACGCAGCAGUUUGUCCACGCGCUGAAAGAAGAGCUGGUGAAGCGCGCCCUGCUGGCGAUCCACCGCCGGCGCUCGGCCAGCGACCACAGCAGCCACGUCCACAGCAACGGGCUGCUCUGCGAUAACACGUCGCCGGGGCAACAGGACGCAAGCCAACGGGACGCGCAGGAGUACGACGAGGAGGAAUGGGACAGAGCGUGGGCAAACGUCGCCAUGAGCCUCGACUGCAUCCACGCCAUGGGUGACCGGCUGCAGGGGCGGGAGCUCCGUCCCCAGGAGAUGACAUCAUCAGAGGGGCGGGAGCUCCGUCCCCAGGAGAUGACAUCAUCAGAGGGGCGGGAGCUCCGUCCCCAGGAAAUGACAUCAUCAGAGGGGCGGGAGCACCGUCCCCAGGAGAUGACAUCAUCAGAGUGGCGGGAGCUCCGUCCCCAGGAGAUGACAUCAUCAGAGGGGCGGGAGCACCGUCCCCAGGAGAUGACAUCAUCAGAGGGGCGGGAGCACCGUCCCCAGGAGAUGACAUCAUCAGAGGGGCAGGAGCUCCGUCCCCAGGAGAUGACAUCAUCAGAGGGGCGGGAAGCCACAGGAGACACAAACUCUCACAACACCGCCUCCUACUCCUCUUCCUCCUCCUCCUCCUCCUGGCAGGAGCAGCUGCUCCCUCUGGUGGUUACGCUCAGGGACUGCGUGCGAGAGGCGGCGGGGAAGGCCCGAGCCGCCAUGACCUUUGUGGUCCUGCAGGGGGCGGUGGCGGCGAGCAUCGCCCAGGGCCCUGAACACAUCGUCCAGAGACGCCACGCCGUCUUCAGCCAGGCGCUCUCAGCGGUCGUGUGUGGUUUCAUGCUGAAGCUGUUCGGAGGUCUGGAGGAUCCUGACUUCCUGCUGCAGCUUCACUCUGUCGGACUCCUGGUUCAGUUUGAAGGCUUGCUCAGCACCUACGGUGACGAGGUGGGGAUGCUGGAGGACAUGGAGGUGGGUGUGUCAGACCUGAGCACAGUUGCGUUCACUGUCAGCGAGGCGAAAUCAGAACAACCAGAUGACCUGCUGCCUACGCUCAGCGGAGCUUGGGGCAGUUUGGUCGUCGAGGUCCCGUUGCCCCCGGAGACCUUCGACUCGUUGCCACUGGAAGUGAAAGACGGGCGUUUGAUACGAGUUCAUCCCGUUCUCUUUAACAUUGGAAUCAACCAGCAGCAGAGUCUGGCUGAGAGGUUUGGCGACAGCUCGCUGCAGGAGAGAGUGAACCAGCAGAGCUGUGAGCGUCUCCGAGGUUACUGCAGCACGCUAACAGACGCGCUGCCUCACACGGCUGGUAUCCAGUCACUACCAGACCUGCUGUCCUCUCUGGAUCGCAGUGUCCAAACCAAGAAGAGGAAGAACGUGGAGGUCCUGUGGAUCGCUGCUACGGUGUGUCGUAGGGUUAACGGCGUGCGUCUGACGAGCUGUAAGAGUGCGAAGGACCGCACGGCGAUGUCGGUGACACUGGAGCAGUGUGUGUUACUGCGGGAGCGACACACACUCAGCCCACGGCACUUCAGCACCGCACUGGACUGCAUGAGGAGGGACGGUUGCAGGCUGGAGAACGUGCAGAAGAACGUGGGCAGCAGGAAGUUUGCCUUCAGCGGCGUCCAGCUCCUCACUUUCCCCAAACUGUACCGGCCGCCAGACGGCAGCUUCGGCUCCACGCACUGACGCACGUUCUGCUGUACACAUGUUCUAUCACGUUAUUACGUUCUGUACA